UGGACAGAGAACAGAGCUGAAGUCACAGGCACGACUGAACUGUACUUGACUAGGCUAGACUAGACUAGAUCAGUGGUUUGAAUGAUAGCAGGCACACGGGAUCAGUGGAGGCUAAAAGGUUGAGUGACAUCACAUACAUCCCGUCAUCUUCACACAGAUCAGAUUGAAUACUGACUCUGAGUGAAACAUUCACUCUGUGUGUGUCGGUCUGAAGACUGAAGUUUGAUGAUUUAAAGUUGCUGUUUGAUAUACUUUCACUAGGACACUCAUGGGGGUAAAAACUAUUUUGCUUUUAAUGGUAGUUGUGCAAACGUGCACUGCAGACAGCAAUUUCUCUAUAGGUGUCUUUUGGGGAGAAUUAUUGAGUGACGAGCAAACAGACAUUUCUUAUUCUCGGGAACAGACAUCGACCAACUGUUUCUCAACACUAGAACACAGAGUGAACUCCACUGCACAUCUGUGUAACAGCACUAAACUGAGCGCAGGAAAACGCAACUGGACUAAAACAUCCAAGGAGCAGAUAAUAAUCUCAGAUGAUGCUGCGCUCUUCCUCAAAGGCCCGCUGGUCACACGUGUCAUGCCCUCUUUCUACAUCUUCCUCUUCAUCAUUAGUUUGCCUCUAAACGCGUUGGCCCUGCUGACAUUCACCUGUAAGAUUAAAGCAAAGAAACCGGCUGUGAUCUACAUGUCAAACCUGGCGUGUGUGGAUCUGCUCUUCACCCUGCUGCUGCCUCUGAAGAUCCACUAUCACCUGAACGGAUCUCAUUGGGUGUUUGGUGAGGCGGCGUGUCGUGUGCUGACCUCUGCUCUCUACUGCUACAUGUACUGCUCCAUACUGCUGAUGAUGUGCAUGAGUGUGGACCGGCUGGUGGCCGUGGUGUUCCCCGUCGCCUCUCUCACCUGGCGGAGCACGAGGAAUUCUGUGUACGUGUGUGCGCUGGUCUGGGUGUUGGCACUCGCUGGCACAAUCCCACUUCUCUCUAUGACACAAGCGCUCAAGACUAAGAAUGUGGGCAUCACCUGCCACGAUGUAACGGCCCACAAAGAACCUACACUGCAGCAGUAUGCGCACAUGUUCUCCAUCCUCUCCUGCCUCUAUUUCUUCCUGCCCCUGGUCGUCACUUUGGUGUGUUACUGUACUAUUAUAUAUGUGCUCAGUGCCAAGUCUGAUCGAUUACAGAUUUCAUCACCCUCAGAUAGACGAAGGAGAGCUGUGAUCAUGAUCAUCGCCGUGCUGACAGAGUUUGUGGUUUGCUUUGCACCGACCAAUGGAAUCCUGUUGUAUCACUGUGUUCUUCUGGCCACAGGAGGCGUCGGCGGGGAGGGAAACACAUCAUAUAUGGCUUACAUGUUGGCUCUGUGUGCGGGCAGCUCAAGUGUUUUUCUGGACCCUCUGCUGUACUACUACGGGUCGUCUCAGUGCAGACAGCAGAUCAGGUCUGUGUUGAGAAGGAGAAAGACAACAACAAAUAUAUCAUCCACGUUUGUGUGAAUUGUUGAUCAAAUAUGUGUCACAUAAAAAAUAUGUUACUAACGUCACAGUAAAUAGAGUAAAUAAUUAAUCAAAUUGUGUAAAAUCAUUUAUUCAACAAAAUAAAAGAGCUUUGUGUGGUGAUAUGAAUAUUACUGCCUUGAA